GUCCUCAAGCGACGGCGCGUACGAACCUCCAUGUGUAUUACGUCUCGUAGACAGUGAUUUUCAUGACCGGCUUGUGAAUGCUUUUGACAGAGGACUAACCACUUUUGUCUGUUUGGAUGAUAUUUCGCAACCGACGGAAGCGGUAAAGAAGCAACUUUUACAGCUGCUUGUGCCAGAUAGAUUGGAUCCACUAUCUACGCAACGAAUUCGCAUGGUCCUGUUCACAUCCUGCCCACAGACGGAGGCUAAUGAAGAAACCGAAAGAGACAUAAUUUUGAAGCAAUAUUUCGUUCUCCGUGCCAUAAGGUCACCAAACGUAGAGAGAUGGUCAAUGCCGGAUGGCCUGGAGAUCUCUACUACUACACGUGACUUACUCCGCAAAAGUGAACUUUCUACGCACGCUGGUUGCGUAAGUGAGAACGGUCAUUUAGACAGUUCGAGCCAGAAGAAUCUGUCCCAAUUAGCUUUUGGUUUUGAUGAGCAAUCAGACCAGUCGAUCGACUCAAGCAAGUUAUGUUCAUCGUUCGAGUCGUCGGGCUUUUUGCUCGCAUUGCUGAGGCGCAAGCAUGCUACCUGUUCAGACGUAAAAAUUCAAAUUAGUCCAGCGUGCGCCGGUAGAGUAAUGGGAACACGAUCGCCUCGCAUUUCAGAUGUCCGGAGUUCAAACCUCGGCACCACCAAGGCUACGCGGUAUCGAUUAGUCCACUAUCGAUUGGUCCAGUUCUUCCCUCCUCGACCCUUUGGUGUGGAUUA